UUCAAGGUGGCUAUUUUUAGAGGGACCAGCUAGCAACUAAAGCGACACUAGCAGCAGCAUUCUUUCCUUUGUCUCUCUUCAUCCACGUGAGAGCAGACGCGUCGCCAGCAGCAUCAGCAGCAGUAUCAAGAGCAUCCUCUCUUCCUUCACGUCCAGUAGCGUGAGGCCUUGCAUCCAGACAGAACGACCAUGUCGAGGGAUUAGUACGUUCUCUUCUUCUAUAUCUCUUUGCGACUUUUCUCGAGCGUUGAGGCCGUUUAUCCUAACGAUGAUGCGGUCGGUAAUAUUAUGCAGCGACCACCUAUUCAAGCUCGUGCUGAUUGGCGACUCGGGCGUAGGCAAGUCCUGCCUUCUGUUGCGCUUUGCGGAUGAUGCUUUCACUGAGAGCUACAUCACCACUAUUGGAGUGGACUUUAGAUUUCGCACAGUGAAGAUCGACAACAAGACUGUGAAGCUCCAAAUUUGGGAUACGGCUGGGCAGGAGCGUUUCCGCACCAUCACAAGUGCGUAUUAUCGUGGUGCAGACGGCAUUAUCAUGGUGUACGAUGUCACGAGCCAGGAAUCUUUCGAUCAUGUAAACGACUGGCUGAAUGAAGUGAACCGAUACGCCAGCGAAGGCACAUGCAAGCUCCUUGUGGGCAACAAGAGCGACAUCAGCGACAACAAGGCGGUGUCGUACGAGACAGCGAAGGCCUUCGCAGACAGUUUAUCGAUCCCGUUCCUCGAGACAAGCGCCAAAAACGCGCAAAAUGUGGAGGAGGCGUUCCUUACAAUGGCCUCAGAACUGAUUACGAUUCGUGAAAUGGUUGGUGAAUCCAGCAGACCUACAGGCACCAAGCUGACCGAGAACACCAAAAGCGGCGGCAAUAACAAUGGAUGCUCGUGCAACUAAGCUGCUUCAGUGAGGUCUUGUGCCUCGGUUCAACCAACAGCUUGGAGACAUUAGGAAAGCGAGCUAUGAAACUACAGUAAGUUAGUGCACCGAAGACACUGUAUUGAUGCGCAUGCAUAGGCUUUCGCCGGAACUACAGUAAGUAAAGCAAGCGCUCUCACAGUGUCGUUCAUUUGGCUAUAUUUUUGUGGUUAUAUGCGAAUUGAUGGGGACAAGACAGCAGGAGGCUGUCCUCUAAACUGUAAAAGUUCAUUCGGACUGAGAUACUUAGUGGUCGAAGUAUCGGGCGAGCUUCUCGAUGUCGACCGUGUUGUUGUCGGCCUCUCCUUCCUGUGCUCUGGCCACGGCGCUGUUGAUCUCCGUCUCGCUGAAGAGAAUGGGCUCCUUGGACAUGGCUCGCUUGACGAACUUGGCGCUUACACGGCCUGGCUCCUCCUCGUGGCCCUCAACCAGAGAUCUAAUCAUGUUGCCCUGUAGUUGCGAUCGGCGCAGAGGAACCUCUCCUUGCGGGAAGGAGUGCAACUUGUAAAUAGACUGGUACUUACGCACGUA